AUGACAAACACCGAAAUUGAAAAAAAAUUUCUUGUUACCUCAACUGAGUUUCUAAAACAACCUCAUACACAAAAAAGACUUCUUCAAGGCUAUCUUUGCUCAGAACCAACUCGAACAGUCAGAAUAAGAACUGAUGGGAUAUCUGGAUAUAUUACUAUUAAAGGAGAAACUCAUGGAAUUACGAGAAAAGAGUAUGAAUAUACUAUUCCGUUGAAAGACGCUGAAGAAUUAAUUCAAAUGUGUAAUGAAAAAAUAGUUAAAACAAGACAUUAUAUUCCAAUGGGAAAACAUACUUAUGAAGUUGAUGUAUUUGAUGAUAAAAACAAAGGGUUAAUAGUUGCAGAAAUUGAACUAGAAUCAGAAACAGAAAAGUUUAUUAAACCACAGUGGCUAGGAAAAGAAGUUUCUCAAGACCCAAGAUAUUACAAUAGCCAAUUAACUAAAAAACCAUAUUGUGAAUGGACUGAAAAUUAA